GCCAGCCCGCGGUUCCCCAGCCGCCGUCCGGGCGCGCGCAGCGAGCGAGCGCGACUAUGCCAAGAUGGUCCUGCAGGCGCGGAAUAAGCACCGGGAGGCGGCUCCCAAGCCGCCCCAGCCGCCCCGCGCCUCGCAGUCGCCGCUAAGAGGGGCUCCGGACGUCGGCGCCGGGGAGUCGGGACCCGAGCGCGCGUCCCCGUCCCCAGGGCGCAAGGGCGCUGCGGGCAGGAAGGGGCCCCGCGCGGAGCCCGGCGUGUCGCCCGCCGGGGUCGGCCUGGGGGGGCGCCUGGUGGCCGGGCUGCGCGGGGCGCUGGGCCUGCGGCGCGCGGGGCGCGGCCGGACCUGGACCACGCUUCUGCUAGCUGCCUUUGCAGCCGUGUUGCACUGGAGCCAUAUAACACACCUCUUUGAAAAUGAUCGUCAUUUUUCUCACCUCUCAACAUUGGAAAGGGAGAUGGCUUUUCGCACUGAAAUGGGGCUAUAUUAUUCUUACUUCAAGACUAUUGUGGAAGCCCCCUCAUUUUUGAAUGGAGUAUGGAUGAUUAUGAAUGAUAAACUGACUGAAUACCCUCUUGUUAUUAAUACAUUAAAAAGGUUCAAUCUUUACCCUGAGGUAAUCUUGGCCAGCUGGUACCGAAUUUAUACCAAAAUAAUGGACAUGAUUGGUAUUCAAACCAAGAUAUGUUGGACAGUUACCAGAGGAGAAGGACUCAGUCCUAUUGAAAGUUGUGAAGGAUUGGGAGAUCCUGCUUGCUUUUAUGUUGCUGUAAUUUUUAUUUUAAAUGGACUAAUGAUGGCAUUAUUCUUCAUAUACGGCACAUAUUUAAGUGGAAGUCGAUUGGGAGGCCUGGUUACAGUGUUAUGCUUCUUUUUCAAUCAUGGAGAGUGUACCCGUGUGAUGUGGACACCGCCUCUCCGCGAAAGCUUUUCAUAUCCUUUCCUUGUACUUCAGAUGUUGCUUGUGACUCAUAUUCUCAGGGCUACAAAACUUUAUAGAGGAAGCUUGAUUGCGCUCUGCAUUUCCAAUAUAUUUUUCAUGCUUCCAUGGCAGUUUGCUCAGUUUGUACUUCUUACUCAGAUUGCAUCAUUAUUUGCAGUAUAUGUUGUGGGGUAUAUUGAUAUAUAUAAAUUACGGAAGAUCAUUUAUAUACACAUGAUUUCUCUUGCACUUUGUUUUGUUUUGAUGUUUGGGAACUCAAUGUUGUUAACAUCCUAUUACGCUUCCUCUUUGGUAAUUAUUUGGGGAAUGCUGGCAUUGAAACCACAUUUUGUGAAAAUAAAUGUGUCUGAGCUUAGUUUAUGGAUUAUCCAAGGAUGUCUUUGGUUGUUUGGAACCAUUAUACUCAAAUAUUUGACAUCUAGAAUCUUUGGGAUUGCAGAUGAUGCUCAUAUUGGCAACUUAUUAACAUCAAAAUUCUUCAGUUAUAAGGAUUUUGAUACUUUAUUGUAUACCUGUGCAGCAGAGUUCGACUUUAUGGAAAAGGAGACUCCUCUGAGAUAUACAAAGACUUUGUUGCUCCCAGCUGUACUUGUAGUAUUCAUUGCAGUCGUUAGAAAGAUUAUUAGUGAUAUGUGGAGCAUCUUAGCUAAACAACAGACACAUAUAAGAAAACAUCAGUUUGAUCAUGGAGAGCUGGUUUAUCAUGCAUUGCAACUGUUAGCUUAUACAGCCCUUGGCAUUUUGAUUAUGAGACUAAAACUCUUCUUGACACCACACAUGUGUGUUAUGGCUUCCUUGAUCUGCUCUAGACAGUUAUUUGGAUGGCUCUUUUGCAAAGUGCAUCCUGGUGCUGUUGUUUUUGCUGUACUAGCAGCAAUGUCAAUUCAAGGUUCAGCGAAUCUUCAAACCCAGUGGAAUAUUGUAGGGGAGUUCAGCAAUUUGCCACAGGAAGAACUUAUAGAAUGGAUCAAAUAUAGUACCAAACCAGAUGCAGUGUUUGCAGGUGCCAUGCCCACUAUGGCAAGUGUGAAGUUGUCUGCCCUUCGGCCGGUUGUGAACCAUCCACAUUAUGAAGAUGCAGGCUUGAGAGCCAGAACGAAAAUAGUAUACUCAAUGUAUAGUCGAAAAGCAGCUGAAGAAGUGAAGCAAGAAUUGGUAAAGUUAAAAGUGAAUUAUUACAUUCUAGAAGAGUCAUGGUGUAUAAGAAGAUCCAAGCCUGGUUGCAGCAUGCCUGAAAUUUGGGAUGUGGAAGAUCCUGCCAAUGCUGGGAAAACUCCCUUAUGUAAUCUCUUGGUGAAGGAAUCAAAGCCUCACUUCACCACUGUAUUCCAGAACAGUGUUUACAAAGUUCUAGAAGUUAUAAAAGAAUGACUACUACUUCAUGACCUGCCUCCUACAGAGAAUUACAUCAGUAAUGGUUUUAAUGUUUUGCUAAUAAGUCAUGUAUUGUUUUUAAUUCAAAUCCCCAAAAUUUUUAUAGGUAACUGUUUUCAAAUAGAAAACAUUUUAUUUGGUAAAUUUGAAUGUUAUUCUGAUUGUGAAAAUGGCAUAUACCCUCAUCAGUUGGUUACCAUUUUAAUGCACCUCUUAAAAUUUGCUAUGCAAAUGAGUAUAUGCUUGUACUUGACUUCAAUAUUUGUGCUAAAGUGAGCAAAGCCAGCUGUGUAAAAAAUAUAUGAUGGUCAUGACAAAGGCCAUAUGAAAAAUGUAAUCAGUUCUGAAUUCUGUUGGGGCUUCCCUUACAGUUUGUGGACUAUUAACGCCCCUUGCUUACUUCUUCGCCUCCUGCUCUUGUCUUUGGACAGUGCAGUGUUCAUGUAGGUUUUCAGUCCCGCCAGCCCUCUCAUUACUUGAGUUCUAGUAAAUGGCACAAAUGUGGGUAUUUGCUUUCUGGAAUUAUCUGUUCAUCUCAUUUCCUCGUGUUCAUUUUGUUCUCUAUUGCUCUUGUGAAUGAGGCCUUUUCUGCCCAUUUUUAAUCCAGACUCUUGAAGCUAAUGGUUAGGACCAAAUCCCUCUAACUUCCAACCAUAUGGCAUUCUUGUGUCUCUAUACCACUCACAAGGUUUUUUCAGAUAAGUGCUAUUUACCCAAGUUGCUUAUCAAGUACUUAUUCUUAGUAAAAAUAAUAAUAAUAAUAAUAAUAAUAAUAAUAAUAAUAAUAAUGGUAACUGUAUUUUUCUCAUUUUUAGUAUUAUUCAAAUGUUUAUAUUUUAAUGACUUUAAACCACUUUAAAAUUUUUUCAUGUUUAAUUCUAGUUUAAAAAAAAAAACAAACUAUUUUGAACAACCCCAAAUAUAUUGCAUCUACAAACUAAUGUAUAUUCAGGUUGACAUAAUAUAUGGUAGACUGUAGCAUAUGGUAAUUCUUCUUUUACUACUAAGAUACAAUGAAACAUGACUAAUUUUUUCUGUCAAAAAAGUAAACAAAUAAUGAUAACGAAUGAGUUUUUCUGUUUUACUUUCAGAUUGCCUGUCUUUAUUAAGACAAAGCCUUAAGCCUUAUGUUAUAAUUUUGGUUCUAAAAACCAUUAUUUGAGUAUGAGGAAUAAGUACAUUCCAUCUUCUUCUUUAUCCUUUUCUAUUUUUAUUUUGAAAAAUUUCCAAACCUGCUUUGAAUUCCUCAUAUAAAUUUUUGUUUCUUAGAAAUUAAUUUGUGUGAAGUGAAAUUGUUCAAAAUGAUGAAUCUUCAUUAUUUUGAGAAAGGGUUUUUCAGGUUUUAAAUUCUAAGCAAACCAUGAUUAUGGCUGACUACACAUUUAAUUAUACAGUGUUCUCUUUAUUAACCACAGGCAGAUUAACCUCAUUGUGGAUUGUCCUUGAGACCUGAGUCCUCAGGGAUGGUUUCCGGUGACCACUCCUGGGAGCCACAGAAGAGCUGUUCUCUUUCUGCCUUCUUACCAGAGCCCAAGGACAAGCCUGGUCUGGGGGAAGCACUAGUUUGCUUGUAUUGGUCAGCUGCAAAAGAGAGCAUGCACAGCUGAGUGUACCCUCCGAGAGGGGCACCAUCUCCAGCCUUGCCCCAGAGCCGGCACCUCCCAGGGCUUCUCCUUACCUGGAGUCAGCUCAGGAGAUUGCUUCUGUCAGUGUUCUGUAGAUGUACAGUCACUCUUUUUCAUUUGCUACUCGACCAUCUUAUUUCUUAGGCUUUGCCAGUUGCCCAAAAGUAGGGAAGCAGCUGGGGAAUUUUUGGAUUAGGAGUAACAUUUGAUCAAUAAUGCAGCAAUCCAGAAAAAAUGGGAAGAAGGCAUUUGGGGCUGAAGAGGAGAGUCAACAUGGGUGGGAGAGGGCAGGUGUGUGCUGCAUUAUCUGCAGUUGUUCCUCAACAAGUGCACCUGCUGUUGCAUAUCCAGCAGUUCAGGAUAGUUUUUCAACCGUACUUUUAAAGUCAUUCUCUAUUCUUCUCACCCUCUAACAAUUCCCUUCCUAGUAAGUUCACAUGUAAUGAUUGGAAAUUCUGUACAGCAAACAAAACAUUAAAAUACUGUUACAAAUUGUUUCAUAUGCUGGGAAACAUUAAAAGCAGUCUAAAUUAGUUUUUUCCAGAAGAAUUAUUUUGUAACAAUAUUUCUUAAUGUAACUCCACCAGCAGUCUCUGCUUCUAUUUUAGGUGAGUCUGUUUAGAGCAGAAGCCUGAGGGACCAUGGCACACUCAGCCUUGAGCACCUCCAGUAGCAGCCGGUGCUGUAGGAUAUUAAAUACUUUCAUGGUAACAUGGAGUAGUAGUAGGUUCAGUAUACAUGACAAAGCAGUAUUAAAAUUCAGUAUUUUACAUGUUUUUAGCACUUAAAAAUAUUUUUGUUUUAGUAUGGGAAAAGGAAAGAUGGGCAAAGAGGCGAUUGAAAAUGCUAUUGCUAUGAUAUUUUUAAAAACAAAGCUGGGGCAGUGUUUCCAUAAAAAGAUAAGCCUCCAAAAAUGCUUGGCAGAAAAAGUGCUGUUUAAAGUAGGCCAGUGACAUUAAGGAGAAAAUGAAAGGAUGUAUCAGGAAUAAAUUGAUAUUGUGUAGGAGUAUUGUAUUUUUAUGAAUUUUAUGCCACUUGUUUACAUGUACUAUCUAUGUUAAAUAAAAAAGAUCAUGAAAACGUA